AUGCUUCCCAUGAAAUGCAUCAUGCCUGCUUCCUUCCUCCUCCUCAUGUUUCCCAUUCUCACCGCAACAUCCACUGCCAUGAACACGCAUGCUUCAUGCCCAGGAAUACAAAUCGAACAUCAGUACCUGCAUUUCGGAAUUGUGGACAUGGUAAAAAGAGGAACCUUAGACCGCCUCGGGGACUUUGACUUUUGCAUACCAGAAACCCGUGUCCUCCUCCGCCAUUCCAUACUGCCCACCAUGACCACACACCAGACUUGGGAACUGUUUAUCCGCUCUUCAAAUUACACCCUACUCGGUAAACUUAUACUCAGUAGAGAUGGCCCCUGGAAUCGAGCCCGCUGUAUAAACGGCUCCUAUACACUAUUCUCAGACGGUGUUCCCCAACAAUCACUGAACUGGACAAACUUGGAUAAUGGUGGGGGCGAAUCAGUUUACACUGACCAUAAUCAUCCAACCAACCGUCUUAUCCACGGGUUUUAUUGCCAAAGGGUAGACACGGCACCCCGCCCCACCACCCUACAAGGAGUCUGCCUCCAGAGGUACUGCUGUGUGUGGGACAUUGGCCUUGCCUCUACUUGGGAUGGCAGAGCAUACCUUGAGGGAUGGUACCACUCCACCACACCACCAACUCAGUGGGACACCUCCGGCCCUCAAAGAUGUGGCGGUCUAGCUACAAAUCUCACCUAUCUACUUCGACAAGACCCUCUCCACCCUGCAGGUACAGCACCUCGACAAAGGGGGGAACUGUCUAUAUCUCAAACUCCAACCAAUAGCGACCUAUUGUCCACCUGGCAUUCCAACACCUAUGUGAAACUAGUCUCUGAAAUCGCAAAGCAAACUACCACUGACAACUGCUGGAUCUGUGCCAACGCUCCUGCCCACCUCCACAGCGGCAUACCAUUCCUUGGAGUACCCCUCACCUUACAACAACAUCUUUCUGCCGAUGUACGGUCCUGGAACUUGACUGCUGUGAAUUUAACUCACCAGUACAUCUACCUCACUGGACCCACGAAAGGUGACCUCUGCCGGAAAUUUAGCGGCAACGACAGGAUGAUUGGAGAAAGUACUUGUAAGUACCUCAUUGAUAUUCCCCUAAUCGGUAAAAUUACUGUGUGGCGACAGGGCGUCCCCUCCACCCAUCCAGAUUUGUUGUCAGCCUGGAAACAAGUCAUGAAUUUGCCUGACACUUGGGACCCCUCCCCCAGCUCCCACUGUUUUUUCCGCACCUUUCUCACGGGUCGUAUAGACUCCUGCCUACAGGGACUGUUUUGGGUGUGUGGUCACCGCGGCUAUGUAUGGGCUAGUCCCCACUCCCGAGGCACCUGCUACCUUGGACUUAUCUUACCUGGGAUCAGGGUCACCCCAGACCUUCCCCUUGGGAGGAGGCGCAACAAGAGGGCUAAGGAUCUGUCGGAACUCUCCGAUGUGUCAGCCAACGGGGAAACCUACGGACGGGCCCUUUUCCCUGCCUACGGAGCAGGCUCCAACCAUGUUGACAUCCUUAAACUAACAGACAUUUUAUUAACCUUUAUGGAGGAAUCCAACACUGCAACCCAAUCCAUCUUAACAGAGCUGACUGAGGUCAGACAGAUGGCGAUCCAGAACCGCCUUGCUUUGGACUAUAUUCUAGCUUCAACCGGAGGAGUAUGUGCACUCGUGGGAACUGAGUGCUGCACAUACGUCUCCGACCAGACCCUGAACAUUACUGGUCAUCUCAACAACAUCCAUAAACUGACCGACGACCUUAGAAAUAUCCAACACGAAGGUCUGUCUGAUACCCAACUUUGGGGUUGGCUACCAGGCACCACGUGGAUAAAACAGCUCCUCGGAAAUGGCCUCCUUAUUCUAACCGCCGUAGCCAUUUGUGUCGCUUUCUUCUGCUGCGCCAUCCACUGCUUUCCACUUUGCUGUCAAACGUGCGAAUACUGCGUCCCAUCUCCCCACUCCCGCACCGCUGUUUCCCAGAGGAUGAUCCCGGCGGGAACCCCUUCAACCUUCAUCGAGAUGGCACCCCAAGGAGCCCAGCACAACUCGGACCCUAGGUAUGGCGCGUCAGACUUUUAUUAAGCUUGUGCGGAGAGAAGGAUUGCACGGUGCCCACCUUCGCAAUCUUAUCUCCGAAGGGGGGAACUGUCGCCGGAAGACCCCCCCCUUCAUUACAUUGUAAUGCACAAGCACCACACACACCUCCCAUCUCCCUGAACCGGGCGAUGCCCCUUCUAGAGGGGCAUCACCUCAACAGAUGAUAGCCUUCCGUAAAUAAGGAAGCGCUGAUUUCUUUUAAAUAGCCUUUAUUUCUAUGUGUUUCUUCCACGUUUCGCUCUGCCCUAUCUUUAUUGUGAGUAGACCAGGCGCCUGAACUCCAGGUCAGCCGGCAGCCGUUUCAGCCAAUCAGUGUUACCGAACAGCGCCCUUGUGGCGGCCACGCUUGUACUGCAGGCAGCAGGCCCUCGCUUCUCUGUCUUUGACAGCUUCCUAAUACAAAGUUUCCGGGUUCAAUUGACCGUGACUGAUUUAAUCAAAAUGUAGCAAUCACUUCCUGAGGAGUGAAAGUGCUUGAACUUCAGCGGCAGUAUUCUUCAUAAAUUCACCAUAAAUCAACCGUACGUCGGAUUUUCAUCGGACCACUUUUAUUCUACUCCAUAUUACAAGGACUGCCAAAGGGGGGUGGCUUGUUGUCAGUCAGCCAUAAUCCCUUGACCGAGCAGGCACGUACUCUGCAGCCCUUCCCCACUUGACUCAGCAACCUUGAUAGUCGCCUUGAUGGGCUCAGACGAAAGACUAUCAAAGACACAAUGAACUGCAUAUGCUAGUGUAUUCAGCACGGACUAUGACAAAAGAACUGUGACCGGAGUCCCCUCAGGGGGCAGGAAACUGCGCCCUUCCUUUUGUUCUCCGGAAAGGCUUAUGGCGAGGAGGGGAGGGGGACCCCGCCAGGUGUCAGGAUACUCGGAUUACCUGUGCGACCCCUCCUCUGGCUCCUCCUGUUUUUAAUGUAGUCAUGAUGUAAAUAUGAUGUAUUUCUAGGGGUGUAACUUAGGGGAUUAGGAACUAAUAAAAGUUGGGGUCUUCUUUUGUUCGGGGCUUCCAUCUUGCUUCACCUCGUGGGCGGUGGGAGUCCUGUCGCGACAGUCUUUUCUUCAAUAAAGACCAAGCCUACUGGCUGCUGAUUUGCUUCCAAUUGCUCUGGUUGGUGUCUUUGUUUUUGUCCAAGGGAGCCCUCAGAUUUUCCGUUAACAGUAUACACACAAACAAAACCUGUUAUAAAAUUCAUUUAAAUCCCUUGGGGGGGGGGGACUACUCAAGAGAGGAACUUACAGUGGGAGUGCUCUGAUAUUUACCUGUGAAAAGAAUUUGGCAUGUUAGAUUUGGAAUUUGGCAACCUCUUCACUUUUGAUGGUCCAGUACUUAACCCUUUUGUCUUAAGUAGCCCCUGGAGCAAAGGACACAUAAGGAUGAUUUCCCUCAAUGGUUCCAAGUUUUCCAUAAAUAAAUUUAAUAAAUUUCUCCCUGCAGGGCAUGGCUUUGUCAGCUCUUGGUUUAAACCUCCUUUUUCUUUUCUCUUUUUCUUCCCCCCUUCCUUCCUUUCUUUUGUAAGAUGACAUAGCUUCUGUACAUGUACAGAGUGUUACAAUAUGAGUACAACGCAGCUGCAAACUGCCAGCUUGUUGACAUCACAUGAUGUGGCUAGCUGUGGGAAAGAAUCUUCCCGGAAGUUCACAGGCUACACAAGUCUUUGUUCUGUGUGUAAUAUGAGACCUUCCUGUUGCGUUUGUAAAGGAAGUCUUUGUCACUUGCUCGGAGAGAAGUCUGAGUGAUCAGACAUGUUUUCUGUAGAGUUGUACAGUCAGAAAUAAACAAGAUGUAAAAAGCUUUUCUGACUACUUUCUUUUCCCCUGCUGGUAUGCAAGGGCAAAGGGGGUGUGCAUUUUCCACGCUGGGAAAUGUCGCCUAUCAAGGUCUGCCUGGACUGCGCGGAUGGCAGCCAGAGUAGAUCACCGGUAAACAAGUCCCGGGAGCAGGGAGAGGAGCCAGCCUCUCCCAAAGGGGCUAGUUUUCCAACAAAGAGUUCAUGAUUCAGCAAAUCUAUUAUACCAUUUAAAGAGUUGCAUCUUUUGGCUAAAUUACCAUUUGAAGAAAGGAAGUGAAGGGUAAGGAGUAGAUUUUAAAAAUAGGGUUAGAUUUAAAACGAAAACAGAAACCCAGUAAUUCAUGUUUUCAUCAAAGCCAGCAAUAUAGUUGGUCAAAUUAAAUUUCUGUUAACUCAGUGCUUGCAGAAACAUUCUCUCUCUCUCUCCUUCUACCUACCUAGUACCUUUACAUCACAUACAACAUACAAUCCUCUACUUAACCCCCUUCUCAGCAAGAGAUUUGUAUGGUUGGAAGGGACCCUGAGUAAUCUAGCCCAACCCUUCUGAAAUAUGGGGAUCUCAACAGUUAUCACACCCUUUUGAAGCAAGAUUUGUACUACUGGAGAGAUACACAUACUUCUGUACACAGACACAACUGGGGAAGGGCACAGUAUCAACCCCUAUCAUGAAGCAAACACAUGUCCUAAGGAAUCAAAACAAGGAAGAAAAAGAAAAGACUCCCCUGUGUGAGUGCCUGAGGGCCCUGCUCUUGCCACUUACCACCUGGCCUGGGGCGGGGCCUGAAGCCUCACAAGGGCUGCUGGCUGCUUGCUGCCCAGGAGGUCUCCCCUGUGUGAGUGCCUGAGGGCCCUGCUCUUGCCACUUACCACCUGGCCUGGGGCGGGGCCUGAAGCCUCACAAGGGCUGCUGGCUGCUUGCUGCCCAGGAGGUCUCCCCUGUGUGAGUGCCUGAGGGCCCUGCUCUUGCCACUUACCACCUGGCCUGGGGCGGGGCCUGAAGCCUCACAAGGGCUGCUGGCUGCUUGCUGCCCAGGAGGUCUCCCCUGUGUGAGUGCCUGAGGGCCCUGCUCUUGCCACUUACCACCUGGCCUGGGGCGGGGCCUGAAGCCUCACAAGGGCUGCUGGCUGCUUGCUGCCUGCUGCCCAGGAGGUCUCCCCUGUGUGAGUGCCUGAGGGCCCUGCUCUUGCCACUUACCACCUGGCCUGGGGCGGGGCCUGAAGCCUCACAAGGACUGCUUGCUGCCUGCUGCCCAGUGGUCUCGAUUCCAGGGGCCAUCUCUACUGAGUAUAAGUUUACCGAGUAGGGUGUAAUUUGAAGAGCGGAUAAACAGUUCCCAAGUCUGGUGUGUGGUCAUGGUGGGCAGUAUGGAAUGGCGGAGGAGGACACGGGUCUCUGGUAUGCAAAAGUCAAAGUCUCCGAGGCGGUCUAAGGUUCCUCUUUUUACCAUGUCCACAAUUCCGAAAUGCAGGUAUUGGUAUUCGAUUUGUAUUCCUGGGCAUGAAGCAUGCGUGUUCAUGGCAGUGGAUGUUGCGGUAAGAAUGGGAAACAUGAGGAAGAUGAAGGAAGCAGGUAUGAUGCAUUUUAUGGGAGGCAUGAUGAGGGAGGGCGCGAGCCGUCAAAGGCGAGCUGUCAAAACGGCGAGCUGUCAAAGGCGAGCUGUCAAAGGCGAGCUGUCAAAGGCGAGCUGUCAGACGCAAGCUGUCAAAACGGCGAGCUGUCAAACGGCGAGCUGUCAAAGGCGAGCUGUCAAACGGCGAGCUGUCAAAGGCGAGCUGUCAAAGGCGAGCUGUCAAACGGCGGGCUGUGAUGUUUUCCGGAGUCGGAGGCGGAUCGGUGGGUGCUCUUGGCUGCCCGUUGUUGGGACGAUUUCGGAGGUCCAAUGGGUCGGCGAUGACGUUGAAGCAGGUCCGGUCUGUAGGGCUCAAUGCGUGCCCCGAUCUGGUCCGGUCUGUUGGGCCCGAUUCGUGCCCCGAUCUGGUCCGGUCUGUUGGGUUACCUCUAUGUCAGCUUCGUCCUCUGGCGGUUGUGGGGGGGUGGUGUAGGGUGCGUCGUCGUCGGUAAGGUCAGGUGGUGAAGCAGGUUUGCAGCGGGUAUGAUGCAGCCAAGCCGACUUCUCCGCUACCUUGACGGAGGUGGGGGUUGUGAGAAGGACCUGGUAAGGUCCUUCCCAGGUAGGUUGCAGGGGUACUUUCUGGUAAGCCUUUGCCAAUAUCCAGUCCCCUGGUUGGAACGGAUGGAUGUUCUCGUCGAGGGGUAUGUUCUGGCCCGCUGCCACGUAUCUGUGGAGAACAAUGAGUUGCUUCUGGAGCUGCAUUAUAUAUUUGGUCAAUUCAGACUCGCCUACUUCUAGUUCUGAUGGGGGGAAUUGCGUGCUAUACACGGGGGAGGGUCUUCCGAAAAGCAGUUCAUAAGGAGAUAGGUUCAGAUUCCCACGGGGGCAUGCUCUGAGAUUGUGUAGAACCAAGGGGAGGGCAUUGACCCACUUAAUUCCAGAGUCCCUGCAGAGCUUUCCUAGCUGGGACUUUAACUGUUGAUUCAUUCGUUCAACCUGCCCUGAGGAAGGGGGGUGGUAUGGGGUAUGCAAUCUCCAUUUGAUUCCUAGGGCUUUAGCGACUUGCUGGACUACGUCGGAAGUGAAGUGUGAGCCCCUGUCGCUGUCUAUGUGUCUCGGAACCCCGAAACGCGGUAUUAUUUCAUGCAGUAGGGUUUUUGCGACCAUUUGGGCAGUAGCUCGGCGAGUCGGGAGACAUUCCACCCAUCCUGUUAAUUGGUCAAUAAUGACAAGGGCAUGCUUGUAGCCCUGACAAGGGGGUAGAUCUAUGAAGUCGACUUGGAGGCUUUCGAAAGGGACAAAAGCCCACGGUCUGGCUCCUGGCGGACAUCUGGCAGUAUGCUUUGGAUUAAAGGUUUGACAGGUGUGACAAUUCUUUACUGCUGAUUUUGCAGCCAGAGCCAGUCCUGGAGCGUACCAGCAGCGUUGGACGGAGUCUAUGAGUUUGUCCCUUCCCCAGUGGGUACACUGAUGUAGUAUUCUUAUGUGUUUGGGUACCCAGAGCCGGGGCAUUAUGAGUCUCUUGUCAGGGAGGUACCAUAUGCCGUUGCUGAAGAGAGCUCCCUGCUCUUCCCAUCCCUUGAUUUCCUCUGGGGUGGCGGUUUUAUACAUUAGGUUAAAGUCUACGUCCGACGGAACCUGGGGUCCCUGAAAUUCACCAUCUGCAGACAGUGGUUGGAGGGCUGCUUCUUGUGCCACGCGGUCAGCACAGCGGUUCUCCAUUGAUACUGGGUCUUUUCCCUUGGUAUGGGCUUUACAAUGGACUACUGCUAUUUCUUCUGGAAGAUGUAUAGAAUCCAUAAGACGUUGUACUAGAGGUGCGUGGGCUAUUUGGGUGCCUGCAGCGGUCAAAAAACCCCUCUGUAGCCAGAUUUGUCCGGUGGCAUGAACUAACCCAAAGCAAUAUUUAGAAUCUGUGUAAAUAGUGACCCUCUGUUCUGUUGCUAAUUCGCAGGCUCGGAUCAGGGCAAUAAGUUCUGCAGCCUGUGCGCUAAACCUAGCAUGGACGGGACGCGCUUCAAGGAUGUCAGUGUCGCUAACAACUGCAUAUCCACUUUUCCGUUCCCCUCCCACAAUUUUUGAGCUCCCGUCGGUGUAUAAUAUAAGGUCGGGGUUACUUAAGGGAAGAUAGUCGAGGUCCUCACGUGGUUUUUCAGCGUGUCGGACCACCUGGGAACAGUCGUGGUGCGGGGUACCGUCGUCAGGGAGGGGUAGGAGGGUUGCCGGAUUAAGGGAGUUCACUCUUUUUAUGGUAACAUUUGACGGACUGAGGAGGAUGGCUUCGUAUCUAUUCAGUCUUUGGAUCGUGAAGCGUUGGCACCCUUGCAAGCUGAGGAGGGUGGCCAUGGCAUGGGGAACAUUUACGGUUAGUUCAUGUCCCAAGACGGUCUCCUGCGCCUUUUCAAGAAGUAGUGCUGCAGCUGCCACUGCUCUAAGGCACCCCACGUUUCCCAUUACGGUAGUGUCCAGUUGAAGGCUGUAGUAAGCAACGGGCCUGUUCCUUCCCUGAAAAGGUUGCGUAAGGACACCCGAGGCUACUCCUUUAUUUUCAUGGACGAAUAAAGAGAAAGGUAGUCUAUAGUCGGGGAGUCCGAGGGCAGGUGAAGACCUCAGUUCCCGUUUGAUAGAUUCAAAGGCUUCGAGUGCCUCUGCACUCCAUUGCAAGUGGUCUGGGGCAUUGUCGUGUGUCAUGGCGGUGAGGGGGCGAGUGAAUUCUCCGUAGCGGGGGAUCCAUGCUCGGCAAAACCCACUCAUCCCGAUGAAGCCCCUGAGCUGCCUCUUAGUCUUGGGGAGGGGCAGCUUCGUUAUGGCUUCAAUCCUAUCUGUGGCGAGGGCACGGGUGCCUUCUCCAAGAAUGUGGCCAAGAUAUUUCACUUCCCUUUGGCAGUACUGUAUCUUUUUGGGGGAUACUUUGUGUCCUUUGUGCGCCAGUAUUGUCAGGAGGGCUAUAGUGUCUGACUUACAGGAUUCCAAAUCCCGCCCACAAAGUAAAAUGUCAUCCACAUAGAGCCUGAGGGCGGAGCCUCCCGGAAGGUUCACGUCUAGUAAGUCCUGGUGUAAUAUGGAAGAGAAGAUUGCCGGAGAUUCCACAUAUCCCUGGGGUAACCGAGUCCAUGUUAAUUGACCGGUUUGCCAGGUAAAGGCAAAGAGAAAUUGGCUUUCUGGGUCCACGGGGAUGCUAAAGAAGGCGGAACAUAGGUCUAUGACGGAGUAGACGACAGUUCCCUCCGGGAUCGUGCUUAGAAGGUGGUGGGGGUUGGCUACAACAGCGUGUCUGGGGAUAACAAAAGAAUUGACAAGUCGAAGGUCUUGGACGAGGCGCCAUUUGACAGGGUUAGUAUUAGGCUUCUUGACGGGGAGAAGCGGGGUAUUACAUGGCGAGGCACAGGGAACUAGAAUUCCCAUCUUCAGAAAUUCAUCAAUCAUUGGGGUAAGUCCUUCGAUUGCUUCAGGAGGCAAGGGGUAUUGUUUUGUACAGGGGAAUGGCAGGUCCUUCCUGUAGUUAACUUUUACUGGGGUUGCCGAUUUUAGGAGUCCAACGGAUGUUGAUUCAGUUCCCCAUAACCAAGAGGGGACGCUAUUAAGAAGCUCGGGAGGAAGGUCAGUGAAUUUGUUGUUAGCUUCUUGAAGAACCCCUUGGAAGUUGAAAAUGGAGUCGUUUGGCAUGUGCAAGUAAAUCCCUUCUUGGCCGCAUUGUAUAGUAGCGUUCAACUUACAUAGCAGAUCCCUCCCCAGGAGGUUAACUGGGCUGGAAGUUAGUAGGAAAGUAUGUUUAACCGAUAGAGGUCCGACGGAGACCCUCGCAGGCCUGGAAAGGGGGCAAUUCCGGGGGAUUCCAUCAAGCCCCACUACGGUUCUGGUUUCGUCCCCCGGUGCUAAAUGGCUAUUCGUAAGGGUGGAGUAGGUGGCCCCAGUGUCUAGGAGACAAUCAUAGGACUGGCCAUCAAUUUGCAUAGUGCAUAUGGGGUCGGAGGAGGAUAGUUGUAAAACUGGACAUAGGAAAGAAAAGGAGCCGGGAUCUGCUUCUAAUUGUCAAUGCGCCUGAUAUUCCUCCAUUACCAUCUCAUGAGUUGGGUUUGUGGGGCGACCGCCUUGUUUAAAGGGGUUGGUAGCUUCGUGGGGUUGACUUCGUGGUCACGGUUGUGGAGGAGGGGGUUCUGCGUAGGGUUGCGUUCGGGUUGGGGAUUGAUUAGGUCGGUAUGGGGUGGUAGACUCCCUGUACCUGGGGUGGGUGGUUUCCCUGUAGUCAGACUUGUAUGGUCUUGAAUUUCUAUAUUCAAUCCUUUUGGAUCCCGUCACAAGGGGGCAAUUUCUUCUUAUAUGUCCUACUUCAUCACAGUUGUAACAAACGCGGUCAUCUAGUAGUUCAGGUCCCCAUGGCUUAAAUUUUUCUUUGGGGGUAGGAACCCCAGCCGCAUAGGCUAACACCCGUGGGAGAUCGGGCCUUUGGUCUUUUCUUUUCCGUUCAUCCCUUGUGUUGAAGACGGAUUUAGCGAUGGAAAGGAUUUCAUUUAUGGUUUUUCCAUCAUACCCUAGGUGUGAAUUCAAUGCUUUUCUAAUGUCGGGUGUAGCUUGAUCUUUGAAAAAUCCUUUGACUAUUACUUCGUGCUGGGGGCUCUCCGGAUCUAUUCCCCCCAGGUCUUAAUAGCUGAGACUAGCCUUGAGUAGUAGUCAGAUGGAUGUUCAUCAGGUCCUUGAAGGACGGCUUGGACUUUGGUCCAGUUUACGGUUCGCUGUCCCGCAGCUUUGAUACCAUCUAGGAUGGCUUUCUUAAAAAUUUUUAAACCCCAUAUGCCAUCUUCAGUGUUAUAGUUCCAGUCGGGGUCAUUUAGUAGGGUCUGGGCGGUCAGGGGGGCCAUCGAGGCAGGUCGGUCCGGUUGGUAGCCUUCCCGAGCUAAAGCUUCUCCUGCCUUUGUCAGUAUUUCCCUCUUUUCUGCCUCAUUAAAAAGAGCCCCAAGUAACAUAUGUACAUCCGCCCACGUUGGGUUGUGGGUGGAAAAGUUGGUGGCCACCUGGUGGUGACAUUUGUCGGGGUCAUCCCGUAGGGAGGGCAUCUUGUCGGACCAGUUCAUUAAGUCCGAAGUGAGGAAGGGUUGGUGAGUAAAAACCAUGCGGGGUGGGUCUCCUGCCCUGGUUGGGGGUAUAGGCAACGCUCUUAGGGGAAAAGCUCCCUCUACUUCUCCGUUCGGCAGAUUAUCCCUAUUUCGAGUUCUACUGGAGACGGGUCCCUCUCUUUCUCCGUUGAGAAGCUGUCUGUUAGGUGGGGGUUCUAAGUCCGAAUCUAUUUGGUUUCCUAUAUUGGUCGCACUUGUGGAAGGGUUGGGCGGUGAUGUACUUGGUGCGCCUCGAGAGGGGGCAGCAGCGGGUGGAUUAAUUACGUUUUCCCCGGGUCCCGCACCGCCUCCCCCACCGGCUCCUGUCCUGUCUCCUGCCCUGGAUUCAGGCGGUCGGGGGGCGUGUGGUUCGGGGUAGUAGAAAGAAACGAGGGUUCUAUCCAAUUGUUCCUCCUGGGUUCUAAUUUCAUCAUAUGGGGGAGGCCUGGUCGUUUUUAAAACAGCCAUUUGCCGAACGAUUUGAGUCUGUUGUCGUUGAAACAAUUCACGGGCUUCAAUGAAGGCAUUGAGAUAGUACAGUUGUCGGGGUUUCUCAUCUGCCAGAUACGACUUAAGUGCUUGCAUCUUCACAAGAUUAAAGGAACCGUGGGGUGGCCAUUGCGAGGCCGGCUCUAGAUGGUGGGUAAAAGCGACCCACGAGAUGUUGCAAAGGUCCCUUAAUUUAGACUUUGAGAGUCCUUUCCUCCCUCUCAACUCUUUCCAGUUUAAAAGAACAAAUUGAAGAGGGGUAUCAGAGUCCUCUCUCGGGCGGAAAGGCUCGGCGGAAGCCUUACCGCCUGGAGGAGUCCAGCCUGAAUGCUUGGAAGCAUGGGCCCCCAUUCUUUGCAGUACACUAAGGACAGAAAGAGUGGGCACACACACAAGGGGGGAAGGGGCGAUGAAAAGGGGAAAAAAGAGGGGCAGGGGAAAAAGAGAAAAUAUCCUUUCAGUACUUGAAGUAUCCUUGAGUAACUCAAUUUCUACCUAUCUGUAAAAAUCUCAGACAUGAACUUGAAUUCCUAACCACGGGUCUCCUCGCCCGAAUUCCUAACCACGGGUCUCCUCGCCCGAAUUCCUAACCACGGGUCUCCUCGCCCGAAUUCCUAACCACGGGUCUCCUCGCCCGAAUUCCUAACCACGGAUCCAGUAUUCCUUUGCCUCAGCACUGUUUACAAGACUAACCCUAGUGUGGGGCCCCAAUUUGUGUACCUCCCGUUCUGUUCCCCACGACAGCCUCCUACCUAGCCUUUAAACUAGGGUCGGGCUCCCUACUGGACGCCUGCGCAAUGCAGUGCCAGAUCGAGGUCCGAGAAAACAAAGUUUGGAAAGGAAGCAAAUGACCUUGCGUUCUCACGUACCCGGGUCAUCCCCAACAAGGGUCGCCGAGCAGGAGGGGCGGCUUCAUUUGCGUAAGGAGGAGAGAGAGAGAGAGAGAGCAGGAGAGAUUUUGAUGGACGCCUCCGGACGACUCCGAGGGAGGACGUCAGAGAAAUGCCAAAGUACCGCGCUUUUCCCCAGCCACACUCCGAAAGGGAAAAACGGGGAGAAAAGGAGAGAGGGAGGUUUUGGAUGGACGCCUCCGGGCGACUCCGAGGGAGGGCGUCAGAGAAAUAGCAAAGCACUGCGUUUUCCUUGGCCCAGCUCCGAAAGGGAAAACGGGGGAGAAAAGGAGAGAUCUUUUUAGGACGUUCCGGGACGACUCCGAGAGGUAACGUCGGAAAGCAGCAAAGGUUCCGCAAUUUCCCCGGCCCAGCUCCGAAAGGGAAAUAGGGGAGAGACAGAGAAAGCUUAGGACGUUCCUGGACGACUCCGAGAGGUAACGUCGGAAUACAACAAAGAUUCCACAAUUUCCCCGGCCCAGCUCCGAAAGGGAAAUAGGGGAGAGACAGAGAAAGUUUAGGACGUUCCUGGACGACUCCGAGAGGUAACGCCAGAGAUAGAAGGAAGAAAAAGUCCAGCUGUCAUGGGGACGUUGCUUUCCACCCCCUUCCCAAUGUAUUUCCUUCAAACCAUACUCACGUUCCUAGAUGUCCCUCGAAGAUCCCGGGAUCUUUCCCCUUAGCCGGCUUGACCUUGCCUUUGCUUCCCCUGGUUGAGCUUUCGGUGACGGUUGAUUACCGCCCGCAAAGGGAGGCAGGGAGAGGAGAAAAGAUCCCUGGGCUAAGGCUGCCCAGUGGCGCCCGAUCCCCUCUUUUCUCCCUCCUCACCUCUACAGGAGAACCAAGUGUCCCUUCGUGGUCGCCAACUGUUAACGGAAAAUCUGAGGGCUCCCUUGGACAAAAACAAAGACACCAACCAGAGCAAUUGGAAGCAAAUCAGCAGCCAGUAGGCUUGGUCUUUAUUGAAGAAAAGACUGUCGCGACAGGACUCCCACCGCCCACGAGGUGAAGCAAGAUGGAAGCCCCGAACAAAAGAAGACCCCAACUUUUAUUAGUUCCUAAUCCCCUAAGUUACACCCCUAGAAAUACAUCAUAUUUACAUCAUGACUACAUUAAAAACAGGAGGAGCCAGAGGAGGGGUCGCACAGGUAAUCCGAGUAUCCUGACACCUGGCGGGGUCCCCCUCCCCUCCUUGCCAUAAGUCUUUCCGGAGAACAAAAGGAAGGGCGCAGUUUCCUGCCCCCUGAGGGGACUCCGGUCACAGUUCUUUUGUCAUAGUCCGUGCUGAAUACACUAGCAUAUGCAGUUCAUUGUGUCUUUGAUAGUCUUUCGUCUGAGCCCAUCAAGGCGACUAUCAAGGUUGCUGAGUCAAGUGGGGAAGGGCUGCAGAAUACGUGCCUGCUCGGUCAAGGGAUUAUGGCUGACUGACAACAAGCCACCCCCCUUUGGCAGUCCUUGUAAUAUGGAGUAGAAUAAAAGUGGUCCGAUGAAAAUCCGACGUACGGUUGAUUUAUGGUGAAUUUAUGAAGAAUACUGCCGCUGAAGUUCAAGCACUUUCACUCCUCAGGAAGUGAUUGCUACAUUUUGAUUAAAUCAGUCACGGUCAAUUGAACCCGGAAACUUUGUAUUAGGAAGCUGUCAAAGACAGAGAAGCGAGGGCCUGCUGCCUGCAGUACCAGCGUGGCCGCCACAAGGGGCGCUGUUCGGUAACACUGAUUGGUUGAAACGGCUGCCGGCUGACCUGGAGUUCAGGCGCCUGGUCUACUCACAAUAAAGAUAGGGCAGAGCGAAACGUGGAAGAAACACAUAGAAAUAAAGGCUAUUUAAAAGAAAUCAGCGCUUCCUUAUUUACGGAAGGCUAUCAUCUGUUGAGGUGAUGCCCCUCUAGAAGGGGCAUCGCCCGGUUCAGGGAGAUGGGAGGUGUGUGUGGUGCUUGUGCAUUACAAUGUAAUGAAGGGGGGGGGGUCUUCCGGCGACAAUAUGCCUAUGCAUUUUAGGAACAGCAUUUCCUGACAGAUUUUUCAUAUGAAAUAGUUUUCCCUUUCAACAGGAUACAUGAACCCCACUAAGAAAGUGUUUGUUCCUUCUUUUCUCCCACAGCACCAAAAAGAAAAAGAAAAAAGUGAAAGGAUACAAACAGUAAUUUAAAUAUUCUUUAUCCAAGUAAUUUAAAUAUUCUGUAUCCAAGAUUCUCAGAAAAGUAAUUGCAUUUGUAUUUCUUUUCGUCUUUCUUCCCUUAUAGUCACACAGUCACAUUCUUUCUGUUCUGCGAAAAAAUUCUGAAUCUCUGCUAUGUUAGUUGACUUCCCUUUAUCUCUUUGUGGCUUCUGAUACUUUUUAAGUUACAUAUAAUCUGUUUUCAUUUAUUAAAUCAGUUUUUCCAUUAUGUCUAUGAAAUUAAUCUAAGCACAACCAAGUAUUGUAUUUUCAUUUGGGAUGCUCAUUGUUAGAAUGCCAAAAUAGAUAGGCAUAGAGUUUCUUUUAAAAGUGUGUGUUUUAGCAUUUAUUUAUUUUUGGUUCCUCAUAGGUCAUGUCCUUUUCUUACUUUGGGGACAUGUCCAUCACAUGUGGAAUAAAGUUCCUUCAUUUUGUUGCAUCUCCAAAACUUAUUGCUGAUAUUUAUUUAUUCUGACUGAUUUGGAUGGGAUCAGGUACCAUAUGUAAGUCAUUUUCAUGAAGUUCUCUUUUAUGAGAUAGCACGUGAUGAAUUUUAAGCCUUUUUCCAUUGUUUUCCCAUUUUUAAGUCCAGUAAUCUAUGUGGUUUUGAUAAUAUCUUUGCAUUAUUUAAUAAUAAUUAUUUUCUAAAUCUGAUGUCUUUGUGUCAAGUCUGCUUUCAUCUGACUGGUAAUCUAAUUUUUUUGCUUUCUUUUUAUAUUUUCACCUUUCUUGUAUUUCUACCCUUCGCUUUCUGUACAUGUGGAGUAAUUUUUAUUUAAUAAUAUUCAUUAAAAAAAAAAACUAAGUGAAGGAAACCAAACAAACUUAGCAGAUAAUAACAGCAAUUAUAUGGAAAUGUGACAAUAAUAUUGAAAUGAAUAAAAUGCUUAAUGCGCUAAGAUUUUUAUUUGCAGCUUCCCAAGGAAGCUCAAGGACAUUCUUUUUUUGCCUUUUGCCCCUUCCUUUUCUAACUGUGUCUUUAAGUCCCCGAAAAACCCUGCCCCCUUGCAAGAUAUCCUAUCUACAGAUGUGUUACUACAGACCCAAUGAUGAAAAAACAACAACCCCUCAACCCAAUUCUUCGCCACCACAAGACUAUUACCUGCAACAACAACAAAAGUCAUCAGUUUUCAGAGUGACCACAAAAAUUUCUUUCCAAGGACAUAGACUGUGGAGGGGGGUGACAAACAGGGGGAAGUUGCACUUUAAGGACAUUUUCUUUCUUUCUGACCUCAAGCCCUUUUGCCCAAUGGUUAAGGAUAUGUGUAAAAGCAAGAAUUGUCUCAAAAUCACAUGAUUUCCUCAAAGACUGGUGUGGAAUUAAUAAUUGUAUGUUGUGUGUAUUAUGUGUUAUUAUGUAGGAAUGCUGAAAUAUGUCUGAUGGUGUGUUAUUUCCACAAAGGGGAGACCCAAUUUUGUGUAUAAUUGUUUUUAUGUUCAAUGUAUAGCAUCUUAUUGCUUACACCCCAAUGGAGGAUUCAUACGCACUUCAUGCUUUCAAAUAGAUCAGGCUAUUGUAUAGUCCAAUAUUUAGAAAAGAAAGUCAACUGAUGACCACAUUUCCUUGCCCCACCUGGCACUCUGCAGUGUGCCAACCUUCUCUACCCAUUUUAAAUUGUUCUAAAUUCACUUCACCAAGAAAAAGCUUCAGGACCCAUGACACAGCAGAUACAUGAAGGUGUAUAUGCUUUGAUUUAGCAGGAAUAAUCCCUUAUAGAGUUAAAUUGACUAUAUUUGGACAAGUGCCCUUUAAAAAAAAAAAAUGGUUCUCUUAACAGAUUGGUUUGAAAGUUGAGAAGCAUGGGCCUAUAUAAAUUCUAAUUGGACUCAGUUUGAAUUGGGCAAGUGUAUCCAGGCUGCAAUUAGCUUUUUGGUCCUUUAAGAGCAAGUGAGCAACUUCUCAUGAACUUCCCAAGACCAGAGGCUAUAAUAAUAAAAUCCCAUAGAAAGGCCAGGGCAAAGACAUCUUCUCUCAUGACAUGUCCAAACCUGUGGCAGCUAUGGUGACUGCCAGGCGACAUGGUCAAUAUGAAAGCCCUAAGGGGAUUCACCAGGAAUUGUUGCUGCUGUGGCACGAUGGAGGUGUGAGACCAGAGGAGAGCUAGCUUGACACCUGAGAACACACACACAAAAAGGCGGAGGACAAAGCAAACUGCAUUUCCAAUUGUUAUUGGACCUUCCUGCUAAGUGAAAAGCAUAGACCACUAUUGAGAAAAUGUUUCUCCCAAGGUGCUAGAAUACCACAAGUAAUUUAGUAACAAAAUGCAACAUGUGUUAUUUUUACAUGAUAGCCUAUGGCUAGCUGUGUGCACUGCUACACUUGCAAAUAUCCUUAAGAGACGUGACAUGCAAGUCCCUUUCAGGUUCACAUGGACCCACACAUCUGGGAGGGUGAAUAGCAGGUUAAUAUUUAGCUCUUUAAAUUGUGCAGAGAAAAGGAUUGCACAGUAGCCACCUUUGCUGGCUGCUGUUUUGCUCCAAUUGUCCUGGCUGGUGUCCUUGCUUUUUGUCCAAGGGAGCCCUCGGAUUUCUCUGUUAACAGUUCUCACAAGCACAUAUUUUUAAAGGUCUGACAGCCUAAAUGUCCACACUUUGCUUUGCUGCAUAUUUUGUGAUUUUAAAUUUGCUGAUGUUCUCUCACCAAAGGGUUUUGCUCCAACUUGGAUCUUGCCCCCGGCCUCCAGGGAAUUCUCCUUAUGUUUACCCAUUUUUUCCAUGCCAGUCAACAACUAGCACCAGCUCUCUAUGGCUUCAAUCAGGAGAUGUUCACAGCCCUAAAUGGUGGUGAUUGAAUCUUAUCGCUGCUGCUGAGCCAGUGCCCACCCCCUUUCUGAGGCCUGUACAACAGAAGCUCAUGAAAUGUUCACAUUUGUUCCACUAUCAUAUCUGGUGUUGUAAACAAAAAUUGCCCUUUCCCCUUAUGGGGUAUCCAAGAGCCCAUAUAGAGUCCUUACAUAGGUUCCCUGUUGGUCGAAGAAAAUAACAGAGGCCAGCCAGAGAAUAUUGAGAAGCAAAGCAGCUAGUAAGCCUGAUCUUUAUUGAUCUGUUUCAACAGGGCGCUCCCCUCACACGCAGGAAAGGAGGAGGAACCCAGAAAAAUGGCACGCAAGGCCUUAUAAAGACUUUUGAGAUUGCCACCCUGUAGAUCAAGACCACCCCCAGAAACAUCAUGCAUACAUCACAGAAGGGGUGUAAUCUAAGACCACCCUCCAGAUACAUCACACCUACAUCACAAAAAAGGCGGUCUAAAACAGAAAUUUGAAUGUUGUUUUUCUCCUGUCCUUGUUUAUCUCCUGUCUGGCAGGUUACUUGACUGGAUUGCCUGGGGAGCCUGGCCAGUCUUUUGUAAUGAUAAAUACUUAGUUCCUGGACCAUGUCACAGGCUCACACCCUAUUAAAACACAGACAUAUCCUUAAGAUAGGAUUUGUGAAGGAAAAGACAAUGGGGAGGCUUUUCCAUUUUCCUUUGACCUUGAAGAGAAAACAUUUGGUCAGUUUGGGACAGUUUGGGAAUCAAAAUGGUUCCAGAUCGGUCUUCCUGUGCUGAUCUAUGUAUGUGCUUGGUUGGUACACUUAUGAACAUUUAACAUAUAUCUAAGACGUCAAAAUUCCUAUCACACUGGUCAAAUAUUUUCCCUGCCUUUUGCAAAGUUUUACAAAACUGCACAGACCUCUUCCGUUGGGGAUGACAGUGGGACAAAAUUCAUGAGUGCAGACAUUGUGGGCAAUGAUAGUGUUAUGUACUGAAGUUCUCACCCUGGACCAGCAGGGGGAUACUGUAGAUAGUUAUGCAAAUGAAGGAUCGAAAGUGACAUUCAGUGAUUGGAUAGUUUUAGAAAGUUGCUACAGUAACGUACUGGAGCUCUAUAUAAGCAGGCUGACUGAGCCCUUCAGCUCAGUUCUGUUCUGGCCUCUGAAUAAACAAGAGCUGUUUGAAGAAUCGCUGUGUCGUCUGAUAUGUUCACCCACAACUUAACAGAUAGCUCUAUUUUAACUCCUUGUUUCUCUGUUUAGCCUUAGGCAUUAGACAAAUUGUGUUCUACAUUUGUAUGAACAUACUCAAGCCUUGCAUAUUUCUCUGCUUUAUCCCAGGAAUCACCCUUUGGGACCAGGACUCGCUUCAGAAGGACUUGUGUAUCAAACCAAAACCAAAGACUGA